CCCACACCUGCUACAGUCAUCCAUUACACAGACUCUGUGGUCACUGGUGUGAACAUAUCUUGUGUCUUUAAAUUUUCACACAGACAUGUACGCUAAAAAGAGAGAGCAUACUCCAUGUUCUUUUCUCCUAUGUUUAUUUCUCUUUCUCCUUCUGUCUCAAGACCACAGGUAGAUGCUUCCCCUGUUAGACGUACAUAUGGUAAUCUAAGUAUGGGAUCUAGGAGCACUGCCUCUGCUCCUGGUGUGAUGGGUGAUAUGGCAAUGGCAUCUACAGCAGCAGCAGCCUCAGGAGCAACCAAAUGGGACAUCCGCAAAAAAGUGUGGGAUUAUAUCGAAGCUAAUAAUCUUGCCAAUUUCCCACGGCCUGUUCAUAAUAGGAUUCCCAAUUUUAAGGGGGCUCAUGGUGCCUGCAGCAAGGUGUCUGAACUCCAGGUGUUCAGCAGAACCAACGAGGUGAAAGUGGACCCUGAUAAACCACUGGAAGGGGCCCGGUUAAUGGUGCUACAGGCCAAGAAAACAUUGCUGGUGCCCACACCUCGUUUGCGGACUGGGCUGUUCAACAAGAUCAUCCCUCCACAGGGAGCAAGCAAAGAGGACCUGCGUGUGUGCUCCACCUCACAGGGUGUGAAGGAUUUCAGCGUCCCGAUAGGUCUCGAUGCCAAAGUGAAAGUUGAUCUUGUUGUAGUUGGGUCUGUGGCUGUGUCUGAAAAAGGCUAUCGCAUAGGAAAGGGUGAGGGUUUUGCAGACAUGGAAUAUGCCAUGAUGGUCGCUAUGGGAGCAGUGAAUGAGUCUACUGUUGUUGCCACAGUUGUUCACGACUGCCAGGUAGUGGAUAUUUCUGAGGAUCUAAUUGAAAUCCAUGACCUCACUGUUGAUUACAUUCUUACUCCAACGAGAGUUAUCAAGACGGGAUGCACACAUCCAAAGCCACCAGGCAUCAUUUGGUCAAAGAUAGACACAGACAUGCUGGAGAAGAUUCCCAUCCUGAAGAAACUCCGAGCUCUGGAGCAGGAGGCUGGAAAAGACGUCACGCUAAAUAAAAGUCCUGAGGGAGGGCAGAGGGCAGCCGGGCCCAGGACGGAACCCAGGAGUGACCCAAAGCGAGACCUGAAAGGCCCCUCAGAGCGCCGGCGGCCCAAGGAAGGCCAAUCGGAGGAGGUGGCGGCGAGGCGUGGUGGUGGUGGAGGUGUAGGCGGCAGAGGGGGGGAGAGCGUCUUGGAGCCCAGGGCAGCUGGCCAAGCUCCUGUCACCACCGUCUACUUGGGGAACAUUCCAGCGGGCGUGCGCGUGAGCGAGCUCAAGAGUGCCCUGAGGGAGCGCGAGGCCGUACCACUCCGCCUCACCUGGCAGGGCGCUCAGCACCGGGCCUUCCUAGACUACGCAGGCCAGCAGGCGGCAGACCGUGCCCUCGCGGCCCUCGAGGGCCUGUCCAUACACGAGCACACCUUGCAGCCAGAGCUGGCCAAGAGCCAGAGGGGGGACCGCAGGCCUGGCCAGGCACACCGCAGGAGAUCCAAGACCUCCGCAAACACCGCUGCGGCAACACCUGACAACACCACCACCACUGGUGCACCAGUCACGGACAAGCCUAAAACGAAAAGGCCAACCCCCAAGAGGAAGGUGGAAAAUCUGCCUCCUUCCUAAUAGUCUAGACACUGUCCUGCAACGCCAGCAAAAAGGAAAAAGGUCCUACUGUGUUUUUUUUUUGUUUGUUUUUUACAAUGACUGCAGGCUUGUUGUGUUGCUUAUAACUUAUUAUUAUUAUUAUUAUUAUUAUUAUUAUUAUUAUUAUUAUUCAUAUAGAAGCUUUUAUCAAUCUUGGAACUGAUGAAUUUGCAGUGGUUGCAGUGUUUGUGUAUAUGUUUCGGUGAUCUAGCAUAGGGGAGCACAUUUUUUAUUCCCUGACUGCUGGGAUUAAUUUACCUGAGUCUUUUAUACUUCAGGAAUAAUUUGCCGUAAAAUUCAUGGAAAUGUAGAGUACAUAUGAAAAUAAAUUUUACUUCAAGUUGUUA